AUGAAGGCUGAGGUUGGAAUGAUGUGGCUUCAAGCCAAUGGAUGCAAGCAGCCACCAAAAGCUGAAAAAGCAAAGGAACAGGUUCUAUCCGAAAGCCCCUGGAGAAAGACAUUGGCUGACUGUAGUGUGAUACAGAUUAAGCUGGCGAGAUUUGAACCCAUUCUCAAAGAUGUUUGGGUGAAGAGCUACAAACAGGCUUUGGUUGUGAAUUUUGUUGUUUUUAGGAGAGAGGUUGAGCUGCAGUCCUUCUAUUCCACCAUCUUAAUUCCAUCCACAAGUGUCAAUAAGGAAGGCUCAAAAUGGCAUCAUCCUUCACGCAUAACUGAAAAUCAGUCCACAGAUAAACGUGUUGAACGUAUGCAAAACCUAAGAAAAAGGAAGAUGAAAUUUAGGAAACGGUUUGCAAGACCUGCCCCUGUUCCAGAGCCAGGUCUCCUAUGGCCAUCAAACUGAAAUCUGUAUGGAAGAAAUCAUGCCAGACCAAAAUAUGCAGAUUUCUAACAUCAAGUGGCAUUUUGUGAUCUGACUUCGUUUGAAAAUAAAGAGAGUGCUCUGUCAUUUCCACAAAUAAAUACAGUACAACCAUUAAACAUCCAA